CGCCUCCCGAUUCCUGACGUCCGAGCGCGGCACGGCGGCAGUCGCGGGAGCCCCAAACUCGAGCGCGGCGACCCAAGCGCUGGCCUCUACCCUUUCUCCCUCGACUCGUUUUCCCGGCUGGCCUGCUACCGCGGAUCCGGCCUCAAGUCGGGCUGAUAAUGUGCAGACAUCGCCGCCCCUGCCCCCGCUUCGUUGUCUUCCCUGACGACCCUCCCCACACGGCCACACCGUCUACUGCUGCUGCUGACCACCGUACACGCGGGGAAGAAUCAGACUGCCAAACGGUUAACUUUCUCCCGUGUUGCUUCUUUGAAAAUCUAGCUUACCAAGGAAUCCAGCUUGGAAUUGAAGCCUGGGCAAACUAAGUUGUUCGAAACAGGACCUAUCACAUGCAAUUAAAAUUUACAAACUACUAGCAUAUCUAAUUAAAAUGUCUAUAUCAGCUUGUCCACAUCAGUAUGCCAUACAAUCUACUAGCAUUAAUUUAUAAUAGUGUAUUUUUUAUAUAAGCAAUUAUAUAUAUUCUAAUUUUUAUCGUAAAUCAUCUGUAAUUCCUAUAGCAGCGUGCAUCGUAUGAUUAGUUUACUCUAAAAACGAGGCGUGGGACAUCGGGCGAUUGGAUGAGAGAGACAAAAUUGUUGAUAGGGAAAAACGAAGUGGCACUAGCCAUCAAAGGAAGCGUGUUGAGAUUUUGGUGACUGAUGUGACGAUAUAUGUCAUGAUUUUUGUUUCCUGCUAGGAGCAUGUAUAUGUGGAGGCAUCUUCAUUAACCAGAUCCUAAAUAUUUAUUCUUCAAUAAAAAUACUAUAUGGGUAUCUAUAACCUUGAUGAAUCAAGUAAAAUGGUAAUAUGAAACUAACUGCUGCUUAUAAUUCCAGAUUCACUCCACUGAAUUAAAAGACAAAGGUUGGGCCGGUCCACUAACAGUCUACCACUCAUAGGCAGGACAACGGCAUGGCACAUCCGAGGCCGUGGUUUUCCUAAGCCCAUUCCUCGCUCAACAGCAGCUGAGCAGAUUAGGCAUGCAUGUUCUUCGAUGCCGCUCGGGUUGGGGCGAAUUGCGUCAUACUGCACUCACCGCUCUGGGCCUUCCAGGUCCUCCCUGCCAUGCAUGUCGGGCGCUUGCGAUGCAAUAACCUCAGCAAACAGGCUGAUUGGGAAGCACCUGCGUGCUGGCAGGGUGGAUGCUGUGCGGGAGGUGUUCGACAAAAUGCCGCAGCGGGACAUCGUGUCCUGGAACUCCCUCAUGGCUGUGUAUGCCCGUUCUGGGGUGCAUGACAGUGCAGUUACUGCGUUCCUCAAGAUGAGACGUGAGGGGUUCUGCGCAGACCACACCUCCUUCUCCACUGUGCUGUCGGCCUGCGCAAGGAUGGAGACUCUAGCUCUAGGGAGGUGCAUCCAUGGGCUUGCGACCAAGACCAGAUCUUCGUUGAACGUGUUUGUGGGGUCCUCCUUGAUCACGAUGUAUGCCAACUGUGGGGUGUAUAGCUGCCUGGAGUGGAUUGUGGAUGAUGUCGACAGUCCAAACCUGGCCUUAUGGAAUGCUCUCAUAUCAGGUCUUGUGGUGAACCAUAGGGUAGAGGAUGCUCGCAGGGUAUUCGAUCAGAUGCCAGAGCACAAUGUUGUGUCCUGGACUGUGAUGAUCAAAGGAUAUUUUACUGUGCAUGAGGUGGGGCGGGCAUUGGAGCUGUUUAACCUUAUGCCUACAAAGAAUUCUGUGUCAUGGUGCGUCAUGAUCGGAGGCCUUGUCAACCACAAGCGAUUCAGAGAAGUUAAUGAACUAUUCAACACUUUGAUGAGCUGUAGAGAAAUAGUGACAAAUGCAAUCCUCGUUAAGAUUGUUAAUGCCUGUGCUGGUUUGAAAAGUAUUGGAGGAGGCAGGUGUGUCCAUGGGUUUGCUGUGAAGUCUGGGUUUAUCCAUGACCACAUCAUCGAGGCAUCAUUAGUUGUGAUGUACUGUAACUCCUUAGAUAUUGAUGAGGCACAGUUAGAAUUUUGUAAAAUGGAAAGAAAGCAUGUUGGCUCAUGUAAUGCUAUCAUAUCUGGCUGUAUCCAUGCAGGCAAGAUCGAUGAGGCUAGAAAGAUUUUUUAUUCUAUGGAUGGCAGAGAUAAGAUCUCGUGGAAUUUGAUGGUCGAUGGCUAUGUAAAGCAUGGAAAAAUUCAUGACGCUAUUGAGUUGUACUCAAAGAUGCCUGAAAAGAAUUUGGAAGCUUCUACUACUUUGAUGUCUUGUUUUAUAGACAACGGAAUGCUUGAUAAAGCUCGGGAUGUGUUCUACAGUAUGCCUCAAGUAGAUGUGGUUUCCUGCACUACUUUACUCUUUGGAUAUGUGAAAGGAGGGUAUAUAUAUGAUGCACUGGACCUUUUCUGUAGGAUGCACAAAAGGACUGUUGUCACAUACAAUGUGAUGAUAGCUGGUUUGCUUCAUCAAGGUAAGGUUACCGAAGCUUACAAGCUCUUUGAUGAAUCUCCAACACGAGAUUUAGUGACCUGGAGCUGUUUGAUCAACGGGCUUGCUCAAAAUGGUUUAAACAACGACGCAAUUAAGCUGUACAAGAAGAUGCUACUGUCAAAUAUACGACCAAGUGAUUCCAUUCUUUCUAGCCUUAUUAGUUGCUUUUCACAUCAUUCUAUGAUUGUUCAUGGCCAGCAGUUUCACGCUUCUACUAUCAGGCUUGGGUUUGGAUCACAUUUAUUAAUUCAAAAUGCACUCAUUAGUAUAUAUUGCAAAUGUGGUGAAAUGAUUAUUGCACAAGCCAUUUUUGAUAGGAUGGACAACAGAGAUACAGUGACAUGGAACACAAUGAUUUGUGGUUAUGCAUUCAACAGCUUUGGUCAAAAUGCUAUUGAGACAUUUGAUAACAUGAAAAAGGCCCAAGUUGAUCCUGAUGAGAUCACAUUUCUCGGCAUACUUACUGCAUGCAAUCACAUGAGACUUUUGGAGGAAGGCAAACAUUUCUUCAAUAUGAUGACAUGUAAUUAUGGAAUUUUACCAAAUAAAAUGCAUUAUGCUUGCAUGGUUGAUCUGUUUGGUAGGACAGGCAUGCUUGAACAGGCUGAAGAGUUAAUGAAGUCAAUGCCAUUUAAACCAGACUUUGCAAUUUGGACUUCCCUCUUGAGCAGUUGCCGAUUGAAUGGCAAUGACAGGUUGGCAGAGCAUGCAGCGAGUCAAUUAAUUUCCAUCAAACCUACUAUCAAAAUGCCGUAUCUGCAUCUCAUCAGGGUAAAUGGAUCAACCAAAAGAUGGAAUGUGAUGGAAAAUUUGAGAAAUCAAAUUAGAAAUGCUGCUACUGACAAAGAAGUUGGCUAUAGCUGGAGUUAACUGAUGUGUACUACAUAACAGGAGCAUGUCAACAAGGUACCAGAAUACAAGCCUGCCUGUAGCCUACCGCUGCUGAUUAUUGAGGUCAUUUUUUAACUUUUUUGUGGUGGAGCCACUAUCCAUGGAUCAGUUAUGCAGAAACUUGUCAGUUUGUCACUAAGCAGGUAAAAUCUAGUACAUUAUGUUGUUAGCUAACCUUCCCCUGACAUUGAAGGCAUUACCAAGUAGAUGAUUACUUUGUUGCUUUUCAGUGCCAUGCUGAAUGUGUGAAAUUCUUGGUGUUCAAAA